AUGACGUGCACACUCCGCCAAUAUGAAGGCACCCUGGGCAGUUUCUGCCUUUGCUUUUAAAGAAUAAGCCUUGUAAUUUUUUUUACAAGUGCUAAAUCCGCCAACUGGACUAAAGAGUAGGUGUGACAGCGAAAAAAUUUAUUGGUCCUGCAGAAUGUCCAAGAUCAGGCGGAAGGUAACAGUGGAAAAUUCAAAAACCAUAUCUGACAGCAGCAGCAGCAGCAGCACCACAACCAGCAGCAGCACCAACCCCACCGCCCCGUCCCGCAGGCCCAGUGUGUUUGAAAGACUUGGACCCAGCACUGGGAGUAAUGCUGCUGAUAGUCACUGUAGAAAUUGGCUGAAGACCGGAAACUGCAGUUACGGCAACACUUGUCGCUACACACAUGGAACUCAGCCACGAGGCAAAGGAUUUAGCUUUAGCCGGUCAACCGAGAGACCCACAGGUGAUCUGCGGGAGAGGAUGAAGAAUAAAAGACAGGAUGUUGAAGCAGAUAACCUGAAACGAGACCUAGAUGAGCCCGCAUCCCCAACAGUGAGACAGAGAGAGUCCUCCAGAGGCCGACACAGGGAGAAGGAGGAUAUAAAGAUAACAAAGGAACGCACCCCAGGCAGUGAGGAAGAGCCCACAGAGUGGGAGACCAAUCGUGAAGACUCUGAUAUUGGUGAUUAUGACUAUGAGUUAUCCCUAGAGAUGAAGCGUCAGAAGAUUCAGCGUGAACUAAUGAAAUUAGAGCAGGAAAACUUGGAGAAGAGGGAAGAAAUUGUCAUCAAGAAAGACGAGACGCCGACAAAAACCAGAACCACAGCCUUGCCAAAGGCGUCCCCUGAGCAGUUAAGCUCCAAAGAUUCACCCUCAUCCAGAAAGUCCACUGGCUCCCCAAAACACAAACGAGGAAACAAAGGGCUGGGCUCAGGGAAGAAAGAAAAGAAGGCAUCUGUAUCCUCGCCCGUUUCAGAAAGUGCCAGGUCUUCAAAAGGAAGCCACAGCAAGAAGAAAGGGCCCCGUACCCCCAGUCCCCCUCCACCGGUCCCUCUGGACCUCCCUGUGGUCGGGAAGAAACACAAAGGCAAGCACAAAAACAAGGAAAAGACUGAUGAGAAGCAGAAGGAGGGGAAAGAUCGUGGACGAGAUACGGAAAAACACAAAGAGAAGAAGGAAAAGCGCAGGGAUCGAUCAGACAGUUCCCACAAGGCCAAGCGGUCUGUGACAUCAGAGGAGCGUUCUGGUAGCGUGUCUUCUCCUUCCAGGGGUGUGUCGCCUCCAGUCAGGAAGAAAUCUACCUCUCCUAAAGCUUCCUCCCAUAAGGCUUCCAUCUUAGCAUCCCCUCCUCACAGGUCUCCUACCCCACCACGCCACCAACGCAGCCCCAGUCCUUCCCGUCACCACUCCCCUUCGUCCCAUUCCGGUUCCUCCGCCCAGCGCCACUCUCCCUCUCCUCGACGCCGUCGUUCUUCCUCUCCCAUCUAUCACCGGAGUACCACAGCUCAGGCCUCACCUCAGAGUUCCCGGCGCUCUCGAUCACCUCUCGUUUCUCACGACACCUCGUCACCCCAUCGGCGGUCUGACAGGUCGAGCCCUGGCCGGCGCCACUCCAGGGGCCGCGAGAGGAGUCGUGGUGACAGAGAGAGGAGUCCGCCCAUACAGGAGCGCAGACAUGAGCGCAGAGAUGAUAGCCACAACAAACGAGAGAAAGACAGUAUCCGUGACGACCGGGACUAUGACUCUGAACAGAUCUCACGGGAUACCCGUGAUGACCGGGACACCAGAGAUGCUCGUGACCGACGGGACACACGUGAGCGAGGGAGGGAAACAACCCGAGAGACUCGUGACAACAGGGACGUGAAGGACUUGAGAGAGAGCAGGGCGGAGACCCGCUCCAGUCGAGACCGCGAAAGGGAGCGAGAGAAGGACCGGGAAAAGGAGAGGGAGCGAGAAAAGGAGCGAGAUAGAGAGAGGGAGAGGAUCGAUGCCCACAGGAAGGAGGAUCUGAUUCAGGAUGACAGGAGUUACGGGAGAGGUCACGGACGUGACGAUGGAGGUAGAGGUGAAGGAAGGACCGAAAGCAGGACGGACAGAGCUGAAAGGAAUGGACGAGGAAGAGGGCGUGCUAAUGAAAUACCUGAGAAAGGCUCCAACAGAAACUCUCGAGGUUCCCAGCUGGAAAGCAGCCAUGACAGUUGGGAAUCACGGAGCAGUGCAGUUCGUGAACGGAGUGUGGAAAGGACCGCAGAUCGCAGCGCUGCUGAAAGAAGCUCUGACAGGGUUUCGGACCGAGAUCGCUACGAGUGUGAAAGAAGAGGAGAGCAGACCAGAGACCCCUCCUAUGACAGGAGAGGAGGGCACGGUGAGCGGGAUCGCAGAGACAACCGAGGAGAAAGAGACCAAAGAGCAGCUUCUCCAAGCAGACACCAGGGGAGGUUAGAGGAGUCUGAGAGGGAGGAGAGAAGGGAGGAGCGCAGGGCGGAUAGAGCAGAAGAUAGAAGAGAGGAUAGGACCCGCGACCGAGAGCGAGACAGAGACAGGGAACGAGAGAGGGAACGGGAGAGAGAGAAAGAGAAGGAGCGGGAGAGGGAGAGAGAGAGGGAAAAGGAGCGAGAGAAGGAGAGGGAGGCGGAGAGGGAGCGGGAGCGUGCCAGGGAGCGAGAACGGGAGAGAGAGAGGGAGAGAGAGCGAGAGAGGGAAAGGCAGCGCGAGGAGCGGGAGAGAGAGAGGGAGAGGGAAAGGGAGCGGGAGGAGCGGGAGAGAGAGAGGGAGAGGAAGGAGAGAGAACGGGAAAGAGAACAGCGCGAGCGGGAGAGACAGCGGGAAUGGGAGGCAAGAGAGAGGGGAAGGGAGGAGAGGCGGGAGAGGAGAGAGGACGCCAGGGAUGACCGGCCGGUUCGAGACAGCCGGGAUGAUCGCAAGAUGAGUCGUAAGAGGCCCAGGAUGGAUGGCAGCCAAAGCCCCCGACUCUCACCUAAGCGAACCACGCGGGACCUCAGUCCGGCAGACAGCGACGACUACAAUAGUUCAGAAGACAAAAGUGAGCGCCCGAUUGGCCGAGGGCAGGCCAAGCUCCACCCCCAGCCCCUCCUCCCCAGCCCAGUGUGUCCGCCUCCAUCUGACAAUGGGGACAAGCAUCGUCUGCUAAGCCAGGUGGUACGGCCCCAGGAACCGCUGUUGCGGUCGCCAACCAGGAGCGUUGCAUCCGAUGACAAGGCUGCUCACUGGAAGGAUGAUGAUCGCAGGGGAGUUGCGGACAAAAGGGAAGCGCGCGGUCGCCACGAGGACUUGGAGCCUCGUGGGGAACGAAGCAGAGGAGGCGACAGACGGGGGGAGCACCUCUCAGACACACCUUCUGACUUGCGUAGCAGAGGCAGAGAUUCCACACCACCUCCGCCUCUACCUCUUGCCAAUGCCAGCGAAGACCGAGAUACCGCUGGUUCCCAGUCCCACGAGGAGGGGAAAAAGAAGACCAAGUCACAGAGGAAGGGCUUGAAGAAGGGUCGCAAAGAUGAGGACACUGCAGGUGGCAGCAGCCUGGCUGCUGCAGGGGACCGUUUCAACCCCGAGCCCCCAUCUGGGGCUUCUACUGAUGGGCCGCCACCCUUACAUUCUCCCAGGAAAGGAGCAAAGAAGAAAGCUCUUGACCGAAAGAGGAAAAGAUCACGAGGGGGGGAAUCGGAAGCAUCCGAGGAUGAACCGUUAACCCAUGUGCCACACAGUAAGAGGAAGAGGGGUCCUCGGACACCGCCACCCUCAAUGAGGCCUGAUCACCGAGGCACUGGUGGGAAUACAGAGCGCUCUCCUCUCUCCAAAAUGGACAAUUUCAGUGACUGGUCAGAUGAGGAGGUGACAGACCGGGGAGGUUCACUGGAAACACAUGCUCCUUUGGUUCCUGCUGAGAGGGCUCCAGCUGAACCUCUCAGGAGAGCUGGUGGCCCCAGGAUGGGGCGGGCUAAUCCACCCCACAUUGCACCUUUACUCUCCCAGGAUCCUCCAAUGCUACUUCAGACUAUGCCUCCGCAGCCUCUCAUGUCCCAGCCGCUGCUCCGCAAACCCCCACCAGAGCAGACGCGCAGCAGCAGCAUGGGGAGCAACCAGAGUCGGAUGUCAACCCGACGCUUGCGUUCACCCUCUAAUGAGUCCGCACACAGAGAAGAUCCCCAGGGUGCACGAUCGCGCCGGGGCAGAAUGCAAGGCACUAACUCUCGGGACCGAGAGCGAGAGAGGGAAAGAGAGAGGGAGCGAGACCGUGAGAGGCCGGUGGCGAAUGACCCUCCAGGCUCUGAGAGGAAAUCCCGAAUUGAUCAGCUGAGGAGAGGAGAGCCUAGCCGUAGCACUUCAUCAGACCGGCAAGAUUCCCGCAGCCACAGCUCCAGGCGCAGCUCUCCUGAUUCUGAGAGGCAGGCCAGGUCCAGGUCCCGUGCCGGCUCCUACGACAGUCGAGAACGAGAGAGAGACAGGGAGCCAUUUGAACGGGACAGGGAGAGGGAUAGAGACCGCAAAGACCUCCGACCUCAGCAGCAACAGCAGCAGCCCCUGGUUCUCCAACAGCAACAGCAACAGAGAGACUGGGAUACUGAACCAAGGGAGUGGCCGAUCAGAGGACGGGAGCCCCUCCUGAUGCGUCCUGGUCGCGAACCUCUCCUUAGGGAGCGGGAUAUCCGGGACAGGGAACGCUUACUCCCCGAAGGACUCGUCCAGCAGCAUGAGCGGGAAAGGGAGCGAGAGAGAGAUCGGGAAAGAGACAGUAGAGUUGACAGAGGCGGUGAUCGGGAAAGAGAGAGGAUGAUGAUGAUGGAGCUACCGCCCCACGGGGACCCCAGGGCUCCAGGACGAGGUGAGAUGAGAGGAGACCUGCGAGGAGACAUGAUGAGACAAGACAGGAGUGAUUAUGAGCCUCUGCUGCCGAGAGAAGCAUUCAGUCCUCCAGAGCCCGAGAAGCCGAGCAACAGCCCCCACCUAAUGGGCGAUCAGCGGGAGGUGGAGAAGGCAGACAGCAUCGACGGAGACGACGAUGGGAAAGAAGAUGAUGGCCAGUCUGUCGCAUCUGUUGGCGAGGAGUACGAACCGAUCAGUGAUGAUGAGCUGGAUGAAAUUCUGGCUGACAGCCAGAAAAAAGAAGAUCAGCAAGACGAAGAGAAGAUCACAGGUCCUCUGGACGUGAUUGAUGUGGACUGGUCGAGCCUGAUGCCCAAACAGAAACAGGAACCGCGGGCAGCAGGGGCAGCCUUGCUCCGCUUCACCCCAGGGGCAGUGCUCCUUAGGGCAGGCAUAUCCAAGAGACUAGCUGGCCCAGAACUCCUGGAGCAAGUCAGAGAGGUGUGCAAGUCUGAGUUGGACGAUCCUAAAGAUGCUGACAAGCUGUUUGAGCAUGACCUGGGAGCCUUGAAUAUGGCAGCUCUGAACAGGCGGGUGGAGAGAGCAGGUUUAUUGAGAAACCUGGGGCCCUGCUGCAAGGCCCUGUGUGCUCGCAGGGACUUUGCCAUUCGCCGGCAACUGUUGAAAAAUGACAAGGGUCUAACCAAGCACGACCCCACUACACCCGUGGUGGACAAUGAGCUCCUGCAGAUGAGCAUGCGUCUCUUUAGAAGGACCGUGGCUGGCCAGGCAUCGGCCCCGGAAAGGUCGGAUAGUGGGUCGACGCCAGCAGCUGAAGUCGCCGAAGCUGGUGGUGGUGGAAGUAGUAGUAAUAGUAAGCUCAGCACAGCGCAGCCAGAGGUCUGUGUGUCCUGAGAGUAACACACAUCAAAGUGAAUGCUUCUAGGCCUUUACUUCCUCUCACUCCUAACUCUGUUUCUACCUGUCUCAUUUCAUUACAUUCAUAGCCUUUUUAGUCACGAGAGGGAAAACGGCAACAUUGUGACUCUAUCAGUUAUGUUUUGAAUGAUCUGUUCCAUAGACUACUGACAAGAUAGCCUAUGGAGGGGUGCGACGGUCCAUGUAUCAGAAAUCUAAAAUGCACCUAAAUGACUGUUUUGUUUGUUUGUUUUUUUUUGUGGAUUUACAGUGUUUUAGAGCAGAUUUUUAAUGAUCAGUUUCACCUGCCUAACAAAGAUUUGUUUCCCUAUGUUGUGCAUUGGUUAGUACAACUGUGCAUUAAAAUGGUUAGAUGUUGAUUUUUGUAAUUGGUCUUUUGCUUUGUAUGAAACGACUGUUCAACCAUCACAUAAUGGGACGCUUGAUAUUGUUCUGUUUGUGUUUACAACAUAUUACGUGAAGCCGCAUCUAUAGCGCUGGCUGCAUUGACACACAACAGUGAAACGUCCUGCGGGAACUUGAAUGAAUGUUUCUCACUAAAAAGCACUGCCAAGCUGUUUUUUCACUGAAUGUGAUUAUUUAAAAUUAGAGGGGUUUUUUUGGCUUUAUGUGCUUCUUUUUAAAUGGUUUGGCAGCGUCUUCCUGACAUGAACUGAAGUGAGUACAGAGCGCCAGAUCACCAACGCGGCAAAAUGGAAUUCUUCUCCUCACGAGCCCGCAUCAUCCAUAAUGGAGCCGAAGUGCUCCCAAUAGGAAAAGACAGUGUACUGCUUAGGAAGAAGAAAAAAAAAAAAUCAUUAAUCUGAACUUCUUUGUGUGGCCAGCAGUCAACCAACCAGGGUCACAGUAAGUCUUGCACAGCUGGUUAAGGUGCACCUUUAAAAUGUGGUUGUAUCAAAAGACAGUUGUAAAAAAAAAAAAAAAAAAAAAAAAAA